ACAUGGCCACGGCACUGCUAGAGAGCGGAGGGAAUUCCCGGGUGUCGCUGCUCUGCUGAUAUAUAGGCUAUAUAUAUUUGCAUCAAGUCGCGAUUCUCAAAGGGUUAUGUUUGCGGCUUCCACGAACAUGACACGAAGCUAGGUUUUCAUCGCACAUCGUGGACCAUUAAGACUGGAAACAUUGUCAUAUUUUUACAAUACACUUGAAACAGAUCUUUUACCAGAUUUUUUUCCAAGACAUUCAUUUUUGUCAUUGAUGAGGCACUCUCCAAGUGACUUCGAGAUGGCAUUAAGCGGCACGCUUUUGCCAUCCAUAUCCACUUUUGCUAACGGCGCCACUGUCAAGAACAAAUCAAUGGGACCUGGAAUAGCCAAUUUAAGGUGGAAGGAGGAGAUGUCACAUUUGAGGCGACCGUGCGUGCCCUCAGGUGGAACCUGCCCUGACCAGGAUUUUCCCCCUGGAAUGGCCAGGAAUGACUCAGAAGACCUGGAUUUGUUGGAUUACGAUUUUAUUCUGUCCAACAGUAUGCUCCAACAGCAGCAACAGCAGCAGCAGCAGCAGCAGCAGCAGGAGGCAGCCAUGGCCAGCACCUCAAGAACUUUACCUCCUUCUCCUGGAUCUUACUCCUACCAGCUCCCUUCCCCUCAGGGCACGGCCGGUGACAUGCUCUACAACAUCCCUGACAUUAAUGAUGUCUCACCAUCAGGGGGUUUUGUCGCAGAGCUAAUGAGGCCGGAAUUGGACCCUGUUUACCUGCAACCCACCAGCUUACAUGGCAAAUUUGUGGUCAAGACCACUAUGGACAUGACAGACUAUGGCCAGGGCGUGAACGUCAGUAAAGCUGCCUCAGUUUCGGAACCUUCCUUGCCUUUUCCUUGUCACAGGAUAAAACAGGAGAACCCCAGCACGUGCACCAUCACUAGACCUGUGGACCUCCACCUCCCUGUCAACUCACGGGCGGGGACUAGCCAGCGACCUCUCCUCGAUCCUCAUUCGUUCCCCACGGGGAGAGGCAUGGGGACCAGUCGCUCUUCCACAUCUUCCUUGUCUCCAGACGAGCACCAUCCCUCCGGUUCAGUUUUAGGGCAUCCUCCACUCCCUGUGCCCCAGGGCUACCACCCCACAGCAGGAUACACACCCUUUCCUCAGCCUCCCUCCCUACAAUACCCAGAUCUCAUGUCUCCUGCUGAAUGUCUACCUGAGGAGCCCAAACCUAAACGAGGCCGGCGCUCCUGGCCCCGGAAACGUAUUGCGACUCAUACGUGCGACUAUGCCGGCUGUGGCAAAACCUACACCAAGAGCUCUCAUCUCAAAGCCCACCACAGAACACACACAGGAGAGAAGCCUUAUCACUGUGACUGGGAGGGUUGCGGCUGGAAGUUUGCCCGUUCCGACGAGCUUACGCGGCACUACAGGAAACACACGGGCCAUCGCCCUUUCCAGUGUCAGAAAUGCGACCGGGCCUUCUCUCGGUCCGACCACCUGGCCCUGCACAUGAAACGCCAUUUAUGAGACUGGAAAACGUGAAAGAAAGGACAAAAACAACAAAAAAAAAGAGACAAAAAUCAAUAAGUGAACACACUUGUGACUUUUUUAAAACCACGUGUUGCCUUUGAAAGAGUCAACGAAAGCUUCUUGACAAGCUGUGUCGUCCACGGCUAAUGAUGCCCCAUCAGGGUUGGAAUUUUUGGUGUCUGUGUUUAUUUUGUUUUUUUUUUAAAUGUUUUGUUGAUGGUAUUGUUGUCUUCCACUGUGCUGGAGAUACAACAAGAUUCCCACAGAUUCCUCUCUGUUCCGUGGGACAGAACUGGAAAUCUAAUCUUAUUCUCUGACAAAACUUGGAGGACCAGGUGCCAAAGUAUGACUGGAAUUACAACAAUAUCAGGGAAAUACUACAAUGAAAAGAGAAACGACAUGAUAAAUACUCAAAGAGGUAAAAUAAAAAAAAGGAAGAAAAAUAUUAAGAGGCCUUUCAACUUGCAACAUUCCAUUUGUCUUGACAUGAAAAAAAAGUCACACUGUUCAAGAGUGUCCUGUAAAUCUGUGUUUUGUUUUUGUUUUUGUUUGUUUUUUUAAACUCUUUUAAGCCAUUAAUUUCAGGUACAAAGUAAUUUAUGCUUAUGUUACACAAUGGUGCUCAGUAUCUCCAAGUGUAUUAAAAGGUACCAAAGAUAAGAGCAGAUGAGAGAGAUCGUCUGUGAGGGUUUUUGGGGACCUUUCUUCCAUGUCCUUGACUAAUCAGGGGAAAACUUGGCUUCCCAUUGGUGAUGGCAAUCUUCAAUGC